AUGACGUGCGACGUGUGCCUGGCCGUGCUGCAUCCCCCCGGCAGCCUCGCGGCGCACAUGUUCCGACACCUCACCAGGAGCCCAGCGUGUAUUACACACAGUGGGCAGCGUGACGUGCGACGUGUGCCUGGCCGUGCUGCAUCCCCCCGGCAGCCUCGCGGCGCACAUGUUCCGACACCUCACCAGGUGACCAGUUCAUUCUGUAUAGGAGCCCAGCGUGUAUUACACACAGUGGGCAGCGUGACGUGCGACGUGUGCCUGGCCGUGCUGCAUCCCCCCGGCAGCCUCGCGGCGCACAUGUUCCGACACCUCACCAGGUAUGAAUGCAUGAAGUGCGACGCGCGCUACCCGACCUACGACGAUACCCUGCACCACUACAAGAAGCAGCACGGCGACAACUGUCUCCGCUGCGCCGAGUGCCACUACACCACCGACUCCCCGCAGAAGUUCAGGAAACACAAGCGUCAGCACCACAAGCGGUUCACGUGCGCCGACUGCGGCGUGGUGCUGGCCACGCGGCCCAGCCUCACCCGGCACAUGGCCGUGCUGCACAACAAGCGGCUGUACCGCUGCGUGCACUGCGCCAUCACGCUGACGGACGGCGCGACGUUCGCGGCGCACAUGCGCGCGCACGGCGCGGCGGCCGCGCGCGCCGCGUGCGCGCCGUGCGGGCUGCAGUUCAAGGCGUGGCACGCCUACAACGCGCACGUGCUCUACAGCACCGCGCACCGCAACCCGCGCAAGAUAGCGUGCAACCACUGCGGCAUGAAGUUCGCGACGGCCACGCAUCUUCGCAUGCACGUGCAGUUCAGCGACCACCCCAAACAGACCUUCCACUGCCCCGACUGCCCCAAGGAAUUCGCUGUAGAAGCCGAGAUGAAACAGCACCGCAACAUACACAAGAAGCAGCGGCUCAAGUCCACCGACAGGAUCUGCGACUACUGCGGCCGCGUCUACACUAGUCGAGAGCACCUCAUCCGGCACAUCCAGACGCAUCUGCAGAAGCGGCAGCAGGCCAAGGAGCGGGCCAAGUCAGCCAAGCCCCAUAAAGCGAAAUAAACUAUAUGCACUAA